AUGCGCAGCGCGCUAGUUCUUUCUUUCCUUCCGGUGCUAGUCUUGGGAUGUAACAAUCCCGCUAGUCAUGCCUGUCCUUCUGCGUACACUGCCUCUCGAGCCGAGGCUGCUGCUUUCUGUGCUACUUUCACAGCUAGCUCUGUGACUGCCACUACCGGGCUUCCUAGCUUUGCUUCUGCCUGUGAUUACAAUGUGAAGCACAUGUCGAGCGCAUGCAGCUGUCUCGACACUGCCUGGGCGACUGAUUCGGCUAGUGCGUCCGAGCCUACCACUGUUGCCGCUGUGACUACUAGCACUGCUGCUGUUGUGCCUGCUGCGACUAGCGCUUCGAGCUCGCCAACUACCUUCGUGACAGCUACCCGGGCUGCCUCUUCUACCUCCAGCUCCGCCGAGGUUGAGGUCCCUAGCACCACCGCGGCACCUGUUGUCGUGUCUACUGCCGCGGCCGUCGUGGCUUCUUCUUCCGAGGCUGCUGUCGUUACUGGAUCUGCCUGUGUUGUCAGCGAAUAUGCUUCGCUCUCCUCUGCUGUCGCGUCUUGCACUAACAUUGUGCUGUCCGACUUCUAUGCACCUGCUUCUAGCACCAUUGACCUGUCGAGUCUUCAGACCGGUGCUGCUGUUACCUUUGCUGGUACUACCACCUUCGGAGACACCUUCGACGAUGACUUUGACCCCAUCGUUAUCUCUGGAACCAACCUCACCAUUACCGGUGCUGAUGGUCACGUAAUUGAGGGUAACGGCGAGGCCUACUGGGAUGGUGAAGGAUCCAACGGCGGACAGGACAAGCCCGACCACUUCAUUGUCGUUAAGGAUGUCUACUACUCCGAGAUCACCAACCUCAACAUCGUCAACUGGCCCGUUCACUGCUUCCAGAUCGAAGAUUCCGAGCACCUCACCAUCUCCGGCCUCCUUUUGAACAACACCGCCGGAGACGCCGCCAACUCCGCCUCCGACGGCGACCCAGCCGCCCACAACAGCGACGGUUUCGAUAUCUCCAAGAGCACAUACGUUACUGUCGAGAACACUGUCGUCUACAACCAAGAUGACUGUGUCGCUGUCACCAGUGGUUCCAACAUCGUCAUCGACAACCUCUACUGCUCCGGCGGUCACGGUCUCAGCAUCGGCUCCAUCGGUGGAAAGAGCGACAACGUCGUCGAUACCGUGACCUUCAAGAACUCCCAGGUUGUUGACAGCGAGAACGGCUGCCGUAUUAAGAGCAACGCCGAUACCACUGGCAGUGUUACCAACAUUGUCUACCAGAACAUCACCAUGUCUGGCAUCUCUGACUAUGGUAUUGAUAUCCAGCAGGACUACUUGAACGGUGGCGCUACUGGUGACCCUACCAACGGUGUGACUAUCUCCAGUGUCUCGUUCAUCGAUGUCACUGGUACUGCUACCGAUGAUGGUAUGGAUUACUACAUCCUCUGUGGCAGUGACAGCUGCUCUGACUUCUCUUUCUCUGGGGUUUCCAUCACUGGAGGUGGUGAGACUAGCAGCUGUAACUACCCUUCUAGCGGCUGCCCCUAA